ACCACCAUUUUGUUGAAAAGUGAAGGCGACUUGUAAAAUUCUCUCCAAAAGUCAUGAAAAUGAAGCGAAAGAAGAAUCGCGCUCUGAUCGAUUCAGACUCGAGCGAUAGCGACAGUCCUGAAGAUCUUGAUGAGGAAUUGGCAGCUUUGGCCAAAAGGAAGAAGCCAAACCGUGAGCGGGAAUCUGGCAGCUCUGCAGCAAAGAUUAGUGAGGACUCGCAGACUUCAGAGAGUGAUGAUGAUUGGAGAGCUGACGGCAAGAGAAGUAAGAAGAAGAAGACCAAGCGUCCGGUCAAGAAGGUCCGUGUGCAGCUGUCGUCUGAGAGUGAGGAAGAAAGUGAUCGUCAGGAAAAAUCUGAGCCUGAGGAAGGUGAGGUAUCUGACUCCGACAGUGAUGGUGGUGCGGUGGCGUACGUUGGUAGGUCCGAGGAUGACUCCGACAGUGCCGACUCUGACAGCGGACCAGAGGAAUUCUAUGAUGGUUAUGAUGAUGACAUGUUGGGAGAUGACGAGGACAGGAAGAGGAUGGAGGCAAUGACUGAGAAGGAGCGAGAGAUUGAGUUGUUUAACCGCAUCGAGAAGAGAGAGGUCCUCAAAACAAGGUUUGAGAUUGAGAAAAAGCUGCGACAGGCCAAAAAGAAAGAGCAGAAGAAGAAUGCAAAGAAAGAAUCGCGAUCAACACCGAAGAUCUCGAUUCCUCCCGACAGCAGCAGCAGGAGCAAAGAGAGGAGGAAGACGAUUGAGGAUAAGAAAGAUAAAAAGAUGUCGGCAUUCCAGGAUCUAAAGGCACGCAGGGAGAAGAAAAAGGAGGCACAGGAGGCUCAGGAGAAGGCUAUUGAAAGGAAGAAACUGAAAGCUAGUGAUGUGUAUUCAGACGAUGAUGAUGAUGAUGAAGACAACGAUAGUGACAAGGAAGAAAAACGCUCGCGGUCACAAUCUGGAUCUGGAUCAGAGUCGGAUGGCUCGAGUGCCAGUGGGCGGUAUUCAUCACGGUCCGACUCCGAGGAAGACAUGCCCGCCCCCAGAAAGAGACAGUACAUACAAGCAAAAGAGGAAUUGUCACAAAUCCGACUCUCGCGACACAGACUUGAGAAAUGGUGCCAUAUGCCAUUCUUUGGUAGGACCGUGUCUGGUUGCUAUGUGAGGAUUGGGAUAGGGAACCAUGAAGGUCGGCCUAUUUAUAGGGUGGCAGAGAUUGUUGGUGUUGUUGAAACGGGCAAAAUCUAUCAGCUUGGCAAUACAAGGACAAAUAAAGGGUUAAAGUUAAGGCACGGGUCAGCUGAACGCGUGUAUCGGUUGGAAUUUGUGUCUAACCAAGACUUCUCCGAGAAUGAGUUCUUUAAGUGGAAAGAGACAAUGAUGCUGGGUGGAUUGCUGCUGCCAACGAAGGAUGAAAUCGAACAAAAACUUAAAGAUCUUCGGAAGGCAUCAAAUUAUAGUUAUAAUGAGGAUGAUAUUGAUAAGAUCGUGGAAGACAAACAGAAAUUCAAGAAAAACCCUCACAACUAUGCUGUAAAAAAGACAUCCUUACUGAAGCAAAAGGAUAUGUUUGAAGCCGAAGGAAAUGAAGAAAAGAUCGAGGAAGUAAAGAAAGAAUUAGGAGACUUGGAAGAACGAGCAGUUGAACUGGACAGACGGAGAACUAGUAAUAUUAAUUCUAUAAGUUAUAUAAACGAGCGUAAUCGACGUCGAAAUCUUGACGAGGCCGAGAAAGCUAUCAUGGAGGAGAUGAAAGCUCAACGAGGAGCUGCAGCUGAUCCGUUCACAAGACGGAAAAGUCGGCCUAUGCUUGUAACAAAGGCGCGGGAUCCCGUUCUGGAGGCGCAGCUGAAAUUCAAGAUGGAAAUGGAAAGAAAGAGACAGGCAGCGGAUCAGAAAAAGGUUGAGGAGCACCCGGAUGCUAUGGAGACCAACUCACGCCUCUCAGUGGAUGCUGAGAAGGACAAAGAUAAGCCUAUGGAGGUUCUGGAACCAGAGGUGAAUUACAAGUCGGAGGGGAAUGGACUUCCAGCAUCAUCAGGCAGAUCUGAAGACCUUUAUGAUGUCCAUGACUUCGACAUCAAAAUAGAUCUUGAAGUGCCAUCUGCAGCCUCAGGUAUCACGAUGAUGCCUAAACUCGCCACACAUGGACCUUUAGUAACACCAAAGAGAUCACUUAAUCUAGAAGCCUAUAAAAAGCGAAGAGGUCUCAUAUGAUCUGGCUGUGAUGACUUUAGGGACUUGUUUAUUCAUGUGUUUUAACUUUUAACAAAACCUACUUAUGCCAGUUCAGUUUUGAGCCUUGAAUCGUGGUUGUUCUUGUGUGAACUGUAUAAAACUUGAGAUAACAGGAGCCCGUUUUUCUUACUGGCCUCUGAAACCAGCAAGUAUGGUCUCUUGGUCACAGAAUGUGGGAAAACUGAACUGUAACUUCUCUGGUUUGAAGCCCGUGUGAAGAGAUAUCAACAGCAUUGACAGAAUGGAACAUUAAACAAGCAUUUUUCAGGUUAAUCAGUGUUUACCGAGAACAUUUUUGAGGCUGGAAUUGUUGGUGAUAGAGGCUGCUGGGAACAGCCUUGGAUAUGAAACUGUACACAGCCUGUCAAGGAAGGAGUUGGGAUGGUCUGCGAGUGCGUAGAAGGUGGAACUUUUUUGCAAAAAGGUCACUUAUGGUCAUAUCUCGUUUCAGUAUAAUAAUCGAAUUUUGGCCCGGGCAUCGACUUGCUGUAGAACUGUAUGGUAGUUGUCUAAUGUGUAGAUAAUGUAGUUUGUAAGUCAGGUUCUCCUUUAUAAAUGGCUGGACGGACUUGUGUAGGUGUCAGUGAAUGUAAAUAACUAAAAAUAACUAAAAGAAACACUCUUAAAAAUCAAGCCAAUGUUUUCAAUGAGACAUUAGCCUUUUCCACCCUUCUUAUAGAAAAUUCCAUGGAAAGCACUGGUCUCAACACGCCAGAGUUGAUACAGGCUUCUCCCUUGUGAAUGUCCCUGCGAAGGUGAAUCUCGGGAAACCUUGUGAUUUCAAAGCAUGUAAAGUUUUCAUAAAAAUGUUGAAAUAUUUCCCAAAACCAAUAAUGCAGUACCUUUCGUGAUACAUAUCAAUUCAGUAUUUUGUUACCUUCUGUAGAUUUUUUUCCUUGAUCAAUGAUGGUAUCUUUUACUUGCACGGCUUGCAAAAUUAGUGUUGAAAUUCUUUUGAAAUCAUAUUUGAUGAAGUGUAUGUUUAUGAUAUUGAUGGCUUGGAAAUUGUUGAAAAAUCUGGAAAUGUUCAAAAAUGAAAAAUAAAGUGUUGUGAAAUGAAAAUCUGCAUAUUAGAAUAUUUCUAUUGUAUUUAGCAAGCUAUUAGGUUUUAACUCAAUUGUUUCAUACCUUUACAAAUGCCUUUACCUUUGCUGGCUUAUUUGGAACAUUUUGCUGUAAAUGAAUGUGUUAUUUGAAGACACUGAUUUGGUGAAAAACAAGUGCAAAACCAGCUGUUGAUAUGUUUUAGAAUGAAUGAGACACGCAGAUGUGAUGGUCGUCUGGUAGCCUCCGCCUGAUGGAAGUUUCAAAAGUGACAAUAUAUGUAGAAGAAAGUCUAGUUUUGUGUGGUUGAGCUCAGGAGAUUCUCGUAGAAUGAUUAUGCAUAAUCAAAUGUAAUGUUGAUUGCCAUAUAUUGGAACCUCUGUUUCAACAAACACCUUGUCUGAAGGACACUGAAGUGAGCACAAUUUCAAGGCCUGUUCUAGGAUUUCAGUCAUCAGAGGCAAAAUGCCACCUGGCUUGGGGAGUGGGGGCAAACAUUUGGGCACUUAUUAUCUUGGGGCUGAAGUCUGCACAUUUGUGAACAGAAUAAGAUCCUUUUUAUCAUCUUUGUAAAUAGUCAUAGUCUUUUAUGAAUUUGUAAAUAACUUUUCUACCAGCUAAAGUGUGUUCAUGUACAUAAUCUAACGGUUAGAAUGCUUGUACUCAUUUUGAUGUGAUUUGGUUGAUUCGAACCUGCAGGCUGGAUAUGUUUGAAAUCCUAUCUUUCGCAUCCUGUGCUGGGCAUAGUUUCAAGUUGAUUUGCAGGAGAGAAAAAGUAAAGUCGGCACGCAACCUUAACAAGAAAACAAUCAACUCUUACUCCUUUCAAAGCAGACUUAUAAUGUACAAGUUGGCUUUGUCUUGGACUUGGAAGACUGACUUGGGGAAGCAGUUUUUUGGGCCAUCCCUUAUACAUAUUGGGAAUUUCUGCAAAGUUGAUCGAAGUGUUGUAGAAUUGUAAAUGUACAUGUAUUAAAGAGAACUUUCCUCAGUUGUGCAUGCAAUCGGCUAUAUUCUAAACCUUUCAGUGAUCUCCGACAUCCAGCUUUUCCAGUAUUUUCUCCACUGUACAUAGCUAGCAUAUCAUUACUACAACCAGCACUAGUUGAUAUUCUAGUUCAUUUCGAGUCGCGUGAUUCUGUGUGUAGAUUAUCUAUUGUAAGUGAAAUAAAGUUUGUACCUUAUCUCAA